UAUAUUCAGUUGAUUAAUUUCAUAUUCACAAGACAAGAUGGACUCUAACCAGGCAAGCUACAAUGCUGGACAGGCCAAGGGUCAAACCCAGGAAAAAGCUAGCAAUAUGAUGGACAAGGCUAGUAAUGCUGCUCAGUCCGCCAAAGAAUCAAUCCAAGAGGUAGCACAGGCAAGCUACAAUGCUGGACAGGCCAAGGGCCAAACCCAGGAAAAGGCUAGCAACAUGAUGGACAAGGCUAGCAAUGCUGCUCAGUCGGCUGGUCAGCAGAUGCAAGCAAAGGCUCAAGGAGCGGUUGAUGCAGUCAAGGAUUCAACAAAUAACAAGAACUAAUUAUGUUUGAUGGAUCAUGAAUCAAUCAACUUUCUAUUAGUGAUAUUCAAUAUUGCUUUUUUUUAAGGGCAUUUUAAAUUACAUGUUAAAAUGUGCUCUUUUUUUUUUUUUUUUUUCUUAAUUUUUCUUUUUUGUAUGGGACUCCUCUUUAGGAGUUAUGUAAAUAAUGAAACACUCCGGUCCUAUAGGACUAUGUGAUGUAGUUUUCACUUAAUUCAUUAAUCAAUGAAUUUUAACUUCAUUAUUUAAUACUUUAA